CAUUGCGCAGUUGAGUGCGGCGUGUGGAUGUGCGAGCAGUGAGAGAGGAACUUCGUGUGUUUACGAGGAUAGCGCAAUGGCGGCCCAACUGACAACAGAGCAGGAACUUGCCGCAGAGAAAUUCCUGGAGAUAGUGAAUGCGCGAUGUCGCUGGAAGCAGCAGGGACCCAUCAAAUGGUCGACGGCGGUGCGAUUUCUGUUCGCCCGUAAGUUCGACGUGGACAGAGCGGUGGCUCUCUUCCAGCAGCACGAGCUGACCAGACACAGAGAGGGCCUAGCCAAUUUCGACCCAAACACGGAACCACUGUUCUCCGAAUUGAAGACUGGAAAAUUCACAGUUUUGCCUAAACGAGAUGGUAGCGAGGCGGCGAUAGUUGUGUUCACAGCCCACAAACACAUCCCGUCCAUAAGCACGCACCAGACAACCCUCCAGGGUGUCGUCUACCAGUUGGACGUCGCCCUCAAGAACCCCACGACGCAGAGGAACGGCAUCGUCUUCAUUUACGACAUGUCCAACUCGAAGUACUCCAAUUUCGACUACGACCUCUCGCAGAAGAUCCUCACAUUGCUCAAGGGUGGUUAUCCGGCAAAGCUGAAAAAGGUGCUCAUAGUGACGGCCCCGUUGUGGUUCAAGGCUCCCUUUAAAAUCUUGCGUCUGUUCGUGAGGGAGAAGCUCAGGGAGCGCGUGUACACCGUGUCGGUGGCGCAACUGCUCAGCCACAUCCCGCGGGAGUCGCUGCCUACGCAGCUGGGUGGGAAUCUUCCCUUGGAUCACGAUGGCUGGCUCGAGGAUUGCCUCCAAAUGACCACGCGCCCGGACUCGCCGCCGAACAGCACGCACGAUGGCAAAUCGCCAUCGUCGCCGCAGAAACUCAUCAGCAGCAGCAACAACACCAAUAACACCACCACCACCAACAACGAGCUGGAGAUCUCCGCAUCCCCCAAUAACAUAAACAACAUCAACAACAUGGAGAGCAGCUGGGCGGAGGAGGGCAGCCUCAAUCCGCCGAGCAGCGCUUCGAGCGGCUUCUCCGACGACGACUCUCUCCACGGAGACGGCGCCGCGAUGACGAUCGCUCAGCUGGUGGAGCACGUGCGCGACCGCGGCCGCGAGGGUCUCACGCAAGACUACAUGGAGAUCAGGACGCGACCGCCGGACGGCACCUUCACCGUCGCCAAGCUGAAGAACAAUCUUCCCAAGAACCGGUACACGGACGUCCUCUGCUACGACCACAGUCGCGUCAUCCUCUCAGAGCUGGACGGCGAGUCGGACACGGACUACAUCCACGCCAACUUCGUCGACGGCUACAAACAGAAGAACGCCUUCAUCAACACGCAGGGCCCGCUUCCGAAGACGGCCGCCGAAUUCUGGCGGAUGAUCUGGGAGCAACAGACUCUCGUCAUUGUGAUGACGACGCGCGCCAUGGAGCGCAGUCGACCCAAGUGCCACCAGUACUGGGAGGCCGACUUGAACGGCAAAGUCGUCUACGGCGACUUCACCAUUUCCACCCUCGCCAAGGAGGCCAACGCCGACUACACCGUUUCCACCCUGCAAUUGUCCAACUCCAAAACGGACGAAGUGAGGAACGUGUCCCACUGGCAAUUCACCUCAUGGCCCGACUACGGAGUUCCGCAAUCCGCGAAGGCCAUGCUCGAGUUUCUCGAGAGGGUGAGAAGACAGCAAGCCGCGAUGGUCUUGGCCAUGGGCGACACCUGGGCCGGACAUCCCCGUGGACCGCCCAUCGUCGUCCACUGCAGCGCGGGAAUAGGAAGGACAGGCACCUUCUGCACUUUGGACAUUUGCAUAUCGAGGUUGGAGGACGUCGGAUCUGCGGAUAUCCGUGGAACCGUCGAGAAGAUCCGAUCGCAGAGAGCGUACUCCAUCCAGAUGCCCGAUCAGUACGUCUUCUGUCACAUCGCGCUCAUCGAGUACGCCCUCGUGAAGGGCCACCUCCAGUCCGCCGAUCUUCCCGAAUUCGGGACGGACGACGAUUCCGAUUAAAAAGAAGAAAGAAAGACACAAAAAUGAAGCAAAUAACAACAACAACAAAAGAAGAAUUACCUACAAACAAAUAUUUUCGCCGCCGCCGUUUGUUCAGAUGCUUAACUAUAUACAAUAUGUAUAGAUUAAACUCUUAGAAACACAUAACACACACACAUACAUUACACACAAAAACACGAGUGGUGACCGACACGAACGAGCGGCGACGAACGUGGGGGGAAAAAAAGCAAACAAAUAGGAAAUUUAAUUUAUUUGAUGUGGAACGAGUUUGAAUAGUAUUGUUUUGGGUUUAAUUAAAUGAAUGUGAUUUUAAGUAUUACAAAAAAAAAAAAUAGGGGAAGAGGAAGUGUGGAAUAACGAUUCGUUUCUAUCGAACAGUUUAACUUGCGUCGGACCAAUAUUUGUACAUAAAAUUACUAGCUUUGUAUACAUGGAUGAUGAUGAGAUCCGAUGCAAGUUAACUUACGUUUCCACGUACUAUCAUGAUAAUUAAUAUUAACACUUUUUUUUGUUUUUUCGUUUCGAAUCAAUUUCGUACCGGACAAAACGAUCCAUCCAUAAGCGUUAAUUGUUAGAUGAUACAAAAAAAAAGAGAAACGAAUGAGAGAAAUGUGUUUAUUAACUAUUACUAUCUUCUUAUUAUUAUUAUUAAUAUUAUUAUUACUUGUAUUUUGUUGAUGAAGUGAAUGGAAUGAGAAGUGAUGAAGGAAUACAAAAUUGGCGAGAGAGAGAGAGAGAAUGAGAAAUCAAUUGGGAAUCAAGACUGUUGUGAGUGGAGAGCGAAACGUGCCCGCCUCUUUCGUUCUCGGAAAGGGGGCGGGUCGUAGACUCUAGAGAGUUUUUGAUUGGUUUUUGUUGUUUGUCGUCGUCCCACCCCCAACACACACACACCCAUAUUCAUUUAGUCUACAUUUAUUUUGGAUCUGUUUAUCUCCUUACACGAAAAGAACAAAGAAAGAAAGAAAAAAAAACAACAACA